AUGCCUCUGUCGAUCCAGCUGAUAGAGGCAGCAUUUGGCGCCGCCAUCCUCCAGAAGAGGAAGCUCGAAGUGUCUCCCAGCAAACAGCCCAACAAGCCGACAGUCCAAUCACAUCUGCCACACAAGAGAGCGGACGAGGAUACAGACCAAGUGGCAGCUUCAGCCCAUCCCGAUGUCCACCCAGAUGCAGCAAACACGAAGUUUACGGGACGCCAUCCCUUAGCAGAAGCAGCAACGCCACCAUACAGUACAUGGUCUCCGUCUCCACGUCAUGACCUGUCGCUCUUUGCUGUCUUGGAUGCGGCCAGACGACGGCACACAAUAGCGUGA